GUUCCCCUCUUUUUACCAAAAAUGCUGGUUGCUACUUCUAAGCUAUCUAGAGACGAUAUUCAGGAUAUAGGGAGCGUUAAUCGUUGUGAUCAAUCAAUUGAACUUGCGAGUAUAGGUAGUAGAUUAAAGAGAUAUAUCGAUGCAGUUAAAGCUUGUCAUCUUCACGAGUUGGAACACGUUAAGAAUUCUCAUCGGGAGCAAAUUGAAACUUUUACGAAGGAAAAACAAUCUGAAAUUGAAGAGCUUCAAAAGAAGUUAUACCUUUCUGUAACGAAACGAAAAACUAUUUGCGAAGAGCUUGAAAAAUAUAAAAAAAAAUUACUCGUUGCAGAAGAGGAAUUGACGAAUAAUAAAAAAGCUAUGGAGUCUUCUGUACUAAGUUUGCAUCGAGAAAUUGAAGUUAAAAAUCAAAAAGAGGCAAAACUCAAAGAAAGUUUGGAAGAAAGCUUGACUAAGUAUAAAAAUAUUGAGAAUGAACUUCAAACGUGCACCAAAGAACGGUGUGUUUUAAAAAACGAAGUCAUAAGAUUGCAGAAAGUCACUGAAGAGUUCAGCAAAGAAGUUGUCUGUUUGAAAGAAGAUCAGAAAUUGAAAAAUAAAGAGAAUAUGGAGCUUCGAAGUAGAUUAGAAAAAGCUAACUCGGAAAAGGAGAGAGAACUUGAUGAAUUAAGAAAUAAUAUGUGCUCUCUUCAAUGUGCCGAAGUUGAGAAAGUUAAAAGGGAAAUGGCUAUUGAAUAUAAUGCUCGUUUAGAGAAAGCGCUUCUUGAAGCUAAAGAAAUUAGCACAAAAGAUCUAAAAGAUAUUCGAGAGAAUCUUGCAAAAAAACACGAGGAAGAACUCGACCUGCUUAGAAAAAAGUUAAGUACUAACGAGUCCCUUUUUAAAGAAAGCACUGAAAAGUUGAAUUUGGUCAGCGAAACCAACGAAUGUUUGCGGAAGGAAAUUCAGUCGCAACUUAUUGAAAAUGAGAAGAAAGAAAAAGAGUUCGAGGUUGUGAAGAAAGCGCUGAUUGAAGAGAAAAAAUGGUAUACUGAACUCCAGAAAGAUUACGACGCUCUUGUUAAAGAGAAUGAGGCGUAUAAGCGAUUGCUUGCUGAUGUUGAGCACAAUAAUGAAAUUCUAACGGAAGAGCUCGACUACACCAUGAAAAUGAUUGAACAAGAGGAAAGGAGAAUGGGUAUCACAUUAACGGACGCGCGGACAGACGAACCAAAUUAUAAGAGAAAAGUUUUAGAAGUUCUUCCAAUUGGUAAUAUGCAGCAGAAUUUAUGCGAGGUCAGCCAAUUGCCACCUCUUAAGGCGAAUAUUGUCCAGCGCUCUCCUACAGUUACUUUAGAAGAAAUUGAUUUGUUUGGAAAACGUAUAAUACUAAGAAAUGUUUCCAAGAAAAGUGUUCGUUUGAAGCAUUGGAAAUUGCAAACACGAAGCCCAUCUUCUGUUAACGAUGAGUUUAUGUUCCAGGACGUCUUAGUGAGCGCAAAUGGGAGAAUUGCCGUUUAUAUAAAUGAAAAAGACAACAGCAGACUAAAUAAUUAUCAGCAGAAGUAUUCUCUUGUUUUUAAUUGGCAAAGCACUACCGCAUGGAUAUGCGAAAAGGGAUCGUUAUUACUCUUACAGGAUAACGAAGUUGUGUCCCGUGCAAAUUUUGAGUGUUCAUCUUCAUUAAAACGCAUGAAAUCAUUUUUUUUUCGCAGUUAA